UUAGUAAAAUAAAAGCGGUCACACAUCCUUUCAAAUUUUGAAACAAAAUAAAGUGUGCAAAUGUUGAGAUCAUCUCUGAAGUAUAUUUUGUUUUUUAUUAGUUAAGAUAGAUAAUUAAACGACAAUACUUUGCGAGUGAUGUAAGAAUUUAGCAACAUCAUUUGGUGCUAUGAUGCUUGUUGAUUAGCAUCCUGUUUACACAAACACCUACUAGUGCAAGUUGCAACAAUAAAGAAAAACAAAAAGAAUACAGUGUUUAAAUAUUAUAAAUGGCCCUAUUAUUUACAAGCAUGUGGGACUCUACAAUGUUUUUGAACACCUUAACCCCAAAGUUUUAUGUCGCUCUUACCGGAACGUCAUCCUUAAUCUCUGGAUUGAUACUCAUUUUCGAGUGGUGGUACUUCAGAAAAUACGGUACAUCUUUUAUUGAACAAGUGUCUUUAAAUCAUAUUUCCCCAUGGAUUGGUGGAGGUGACAGUGGAUCGGAUGGAAAUAAUUCUAGUUUGAAUGGCUCGAAUUCAAAUCAACAAAAUGUUCCUGAAUGUAAAGUUUGGCGAAAUCCGAUAAACUUGUUUAGAGGAGCUGAAUACCAAAGGUUUUAUUGGGCUACAAACAAAGAUCCAUUAACGUACUAUGAUAUGAAUUUAUCUGCUCAAGAUCACCAAACUUUCUUCACUUGCGAAGGUGAUACAGGAAAAGCAGAAUAUGAAAUAAUGCAAACAGCAUGGAGAGAACGCAAUCCAAUAGUGAGAAUAAAAGCUGCACAUAGUGCACUUGAUCGCAAUCCUGAAUGUGCUCCUGCAUAUAUUUUACUUGCAGAAGAGGAAGCCACAACUAUUGUAGAAGCAGAAAAGAUUUUGAAGCAAGCUUUGAAGCUUGCAGAAAACAAUUAUAGGAAAUCUCAAAACACUCAACAUCAAGGAUCAAUCGCAGAAGCCAUACAUAGGAGAGACACAAAUGUGUUAAUAUACAUUAAGCGACGAUUGGCUAUGUGUGCAAGAAAAUUAGGAAAAUUAAAAGAAGCAGUCAAGAUGUUUAGAGACUUGACAAAAGAAGUUCCACCAAUUAUGAAUGUACUGAACAUUCAUGAGAAUUUAAUCGAAGCUCUAUUAGAAAUGCAGGCAUAUGCUGAUGUUCAAGCAGUAUUAGCAAAGUAUGAUGAUAUCAGUUUGCCAAAGUCAGCAACCAUUUGUUACACAGCUGCAUUAUUGAAAGCACGAGUGGUUGCUGAUAAAUUUUCAACAGAUGUUGCUAUUAAAAGGGGUUUAACUACUCCAGAAAUGAUAGCUAUUGAAGCUAUUCAUAGAGCUGUUGAAUUCAAUCCUCAUGUACCUAAAUAUUUACUAGAAAUGAAACCUUUAAUUCUACCACCAGAACAUGUACUAAAACGAGGAGAUUCGGAGGCGAUAGCAUACGCAUUCUUUCAUCUUGCGCAUUGGAAACAAAUGGAGGGUGCUCUUAAUUUGUUACAUUGCACGUGGGAAGGUACAUUCAGAAGAUUACCUUAUCCUCUGGAAAGGGGACAUUUAUUUUAUCCAUAUCCAACUUGCACAGAGUGCGCAGAUCGUGAACUUUUACCUUCGUUUCAUGAUGUGAGCGUGUACCCUAAGAAAGAGUUGCCGUUUUUUAUUUUGUUCACAGCAGGUCUAUGUUCCUUUACGGCACUCCUAGCGCUUUUAACGCAUCAGUAUCCCGAUACCAUGGGUGUAGUAGCACGAUCAAUGCUCGCCUGGUUUUCACAUCCAUUUUAUUAUAUUUUAGACAAAUUGGAAGCGAUCUUGCCUUAUAAUUUAUUACAACAACUCUCUAGAAUAUAAGACAUUUGUAUGAUCUCUGUAAUCAUGACUUAUUGUGAUAUUUAUGAUACUUAUGCUUUCAUUGUCAUAUACAUCAAUUACACAUAUGUACAUCCGUACUUCCCGAAUUUCUUAUGACUGAUAAUCCUAAUAUGUAUUUAUAGAAUCGAUUAUUUACUUAAUGUUGUUAGU